AUGCCCCCUCAACGCGAUUUGCAGACCCGACGAGCUGCUCGUCGAGCUGAUGAGAAUGCACCUCCCGCUGCUGGUACCAUAGCCGCUCGUUCUCGACCCACUUCCAGCAACAACGCUACACUCGCUGCCAAAGCUUCCACUGCGACCACCUCGAUACCCGUACUCAAGCGAGGUGUUUCAGCUUCUUCCACUACCACUCUGAAAGGGAGUGCUGCUAAGAACGGGGAGAAUGGUAAAAUCGAUCUGGCAGCUAAGAGAAGAGCGGCUUUGGGUGAAGUUACCAAUGGUGAAGGCAAGAAAGGUUUAUCAUCGAAGGAAGAACGAAAACCAUUGGCGACUACUCAAACUUCUUCCCAAACCAUUCCUACUAGACGUACCACCCGAACUACCUCAUCCACUUCUGCUUCUGUCGCUGCCGUCAAGGAAGAGAAAGCCACAGUGACUGGUAAGAGGAAAGCUACUGUACCUUCGUCCCGAAUCCCAUCUCGAUCACGCUCAGCCACCUCCGCUUCCACUUCCACCACUGCCACCGCCCCCGAAACCAAACCUCUGAAAGAAAGGAAACCCAACGUGGACGAAGAACCCUCACGUAAACGAAGAAAGACUUCGACCCCUCCUCCUUUUGCUGAACAAGAGGAAGAGGAUGCUAGACCAGUUGAUGAUGGUCUUUACGACCAAGAUGGAAAGGAGAUACUUCUUUCGAGUGGAAGCAAAGGCGCAGUCGGAUUGAGAAGCCCAAAAAGGAAAGCUAAAGAUGAAGGUUGGACCGAUUUGGAUGCUGAAGAUGAAGAUAACCCAAGUAUGGUCAGCGAAUAUGUCGUAGAUGCCUUCAACUACAUGUUAUCCAUCGAGGAUCAAACGAUGCCUGAUUCCGAUUACAUGGACAAGCAAGCCGAGUUACAAUGGAAGAUGCGAGCUAUUCUGAUGGACUGGAUAAUUGAAGUACACGCCAAAUUCAGAUUGUUACCUGAAACCCUCUUCAUCGCUACCAACCUCGUUGAUCGAUUCCUCUCCAAACGAGUCAUCUCUUUGGUCAAAUUCCAAUUGGUCGGCUUGACAGCUUUGUUCAUCGCCGCGAAGUACGAAGAAGUCAUCUGUCCAUCGAUCGAACAUUUCUUACAUAUGACUGACGGGGGAUACGAUACCGAUGAAAUCCUCAAAGCUGAACGAUACAUGUUGUCUACCUUGUCUUUCGACUUGUCAUACCCCAAUCCCUUACAUUUCCUUCGAAGGAUCUCCAAAGCAGAUGGAUACGAUAUACAAACUCGAACUGUUGCGAAAUUCCUAGUGGAGAUAAGUUGUGUGGAACAUGAGUUGAUAGCGUACAAACCUAGUCAAUUGGCUGCUGCUGCUAUGUGGUUGGCUAGGAAAUGCUUAGAUAGGGGUGAAUGGACACCAAAUCUCGUACAUUACUCCAACUACUCCCAGGAAGAGAUCGUUGAAUGUGCGCAAGCCAUGUACAGAUAUGUGCUGGAUCCAGAUUUCAACGAUACUUCGUCGUUCUACAAGAAGUACGCAUCCAAGAAACACAUGAAAGCAUCUGUAUACUUCCGAGAAUGGGCUAUCGCCUACUCAUCAGCCAACGAAGGGAAAGAAUUAUCUUCCGAGAUAUAG